UUUCCGUGGAGACGAGCACGAGCAGUUUCACUUUCACUUCAGAACAAGGACGGCCGAGUCUUUCUUUGCUAUUUUUCACAGGCGAACGUACUAUAAUCGGCCACAGCCAUGAAUGAAAUGGUUAUUGAAGUGAACGGGCUCCCGGACAACUACCCCGAAAAUAUGAUGAUUGAUAAAUUAACCAUGCACUUUCUGAGGCGCAGUAACAAAGGAGGAGAUGUUUUAACAGUGAUUUAUCCCACCUCCAACAAAGGCCAGGCUUAUGUAGUCUUCGAAUCAGCUGAAGUACCAGGAGUCUUGCAACACACUCAUGUUUUGAUUGUGGAGAGUCAGUUUUACUCACUGGAUAUUAAAAAGGUGCAUCAUCCUCAGCUGGAUAUGCCAGCCGAAGCGUUCCUCGAUAUGAACUUGUUCUCCAAUCACAGCAAAAUCCAAGAACUUCUUCAUAGCCAUGGCUUUCAGAUGUCAAAGUCAAGCCCAGGACAGCUGCAUUUGCAGGGUUCCUUUCUCAAGCUAAAACUUAUUUAUCCCAAACUCGUGCAGUUUCUGGCUCUAGAAACCCUCCCUCAAAGAGGAACGCCUUCACAUUACACCAACGGCUCUGUUUCCAGAGCUGAAAAAGGUGACUCCAGGCGCAAUCAUGGCAACUCGGUGUAUUCUGAGGGCAGAAGCACAUCUUCAGGAAUAACCUCAAGAUCCCCAGGGUACCAAUACUCUCUAAUGGAUAGAAGCUCCAGCACAGAAAGUCCCUUCAGCAGUCCCUCCAGGAUCUAUGAUGAGCGUAAUCCUUCGUCUCCCAGGCAGACUGAGGUUUCCAUCCCUGUGGAACUAGAUGUGUGGAAAUACAUAAUGCUCUUUAAGGAGGAUUUUGUGAAUAAAAUUAAAUCAGAUCACCACACUCGUAUUAAUCACGAAGAAGAAUCAGGGGUUGGUAUGGUUAAACUCUCGGGAGGAAACUUUAGGGAAACGGCUAAAGAAUUGUCUGAAUUGAUGGAGGAAAUCACUGGAUCUCUACGCACACAAGAAAUAGACCUGAGUGUAUUUGACCAAAGUCAGCAGAGAGACAUGAUUCAGAACACUUACACAUUCCAAAAGAUUUAUAACGUUAUAAUUAGACUGGAAGGUAACGUUCUAAAAGUAGUUGGGUCAUCAAAAAACAGUUAUGACGCAAAGCAAAAGCUUCUUGGACUGGAUGUUGACAUUGCACCACCUAAAGGCAUGGAGAGGAACAAAUUGCGACGCAGCAGCUCUUUGCCAAGACAAAAAACCAGAGCCAGAAUGGAGAACCCAGGCGUGGGUCAGAUUCCUGCUGUCAGUAGCUCGUCUGCCUCACAUUCCCAGAAGGACUUUCAAUCGCAGCGAGAAGUUCAACAGGAGAGAGGUCGCCAGCCCUCUAAAUCCACAGCACAACACCGGUCACAGAGCAGCUCUCGAAUACAACACAAAAAUCUAAACCAAGAACCUUCAACUUAUGUUCAGAAGCAGGAUUUGACACCCUCUAGUGGAGUUCAGACAUCUAGGGUCAAUUCCUACAAGGGUCAAGGGUCAAUUCCUACAUUUAAAGCUCCUCUAAUGCCUGAAAAAAAAAAAAGCAUUUUAAAAAAAAUCCGGAAUUCAUUACAUCAGUAAUUACGCAUAUAAAACCCUCGUUGAAAAACACACUUUAAGAACACACUUUUUAGAAUUAAAUUGGUCAGACACUUAAGAAAGUGAUGGGGCUGCUCUGUACUGAUGGUUUUAUUUCUAAUCACAUGUAUUCACAUAAAUAUUCGGGGUUCAGUACAAAAUCGACAAUUAUGCAAUUGUGUCAUACCAUAAAAGUUUAUUUCAACUUCUUUUCUAAAAAAAAAAAUCUUCAAAUGGAAGUGAAUGCGGUUCACUAUUUCAGUAUAACUACAAAACAUAAAUAAAACAUUGCUUACCACAUUGCAGAUAAUAAUAAUUCAUAAUAGAAUAAAUAAGUUCAAUGCAUUUAUGCAUGUUUUUUUUUUCAGUGCAUUAAAAAUAAAUAGCUUUACAUCUGCUUUUAAACCUUCCAAAAAUGGGGCCCAUUCACCUUCACUGUAAGUAAUAUAUACAUACAUACAAAAUAUAUACAAAUAAGACAACUUGUGAUGUAUGUAUGAAUCAGGUUUUUUUUGUGUGUGUGUGUGUGUGUGUGUGUGGACAACAUUAUGUCACAAUUUAUGCAUUCACCAAUCAUUAGGGUUUGGUUUUGGGAUAGAGACAAUUUUAGGACAAAAAUGUUGUUCCAUGAUGACCCCUGAACAAAAUCAUUGAACCCCUGAAAUAUUACUCUGAAUUGUACUCUCUCAAAAUCACAUUGAUUGCUUUUGUAAUUAUUGUCUCGCAUGUGAUAAGGAGAAUGACUUUCAGUAUUUCCUGUCACACAUUCAUAUUUUAGACAUGUAUAUAUUUAUACAUAUCUAAAAUAUUUGCGGUAUUUCCAUUUUAAGUUGCAUUACCAUGGAGACUCAGUGAGGAAGUGUCUUUAAUUUCUGCAUUGUACAGGAAGUGAGGCAGGCCUUGUGGUUAACUUAGGGGCUGAGCACCUCCCUGUCAGGAAGAACUUUUUUUUUUUUUUUACUCACUUUUUGCUCUUGUGUCAAAUGUAAGAAAUACACUAAUGUGCACAGUUCCUUUGUUUUUCCUUACGAUUUAUAAAGCACUGGUAUUGAUUUGACUAGUUUUAUAUAGUAUUAUUGAGAACCUGUUUUUUCGAGUAUUUCUCUCAGAUGGAGUUUUCUGUCAUUCGAAAAUCCCCCUUUUGUUUUUUCUUUACCUGUGGUUAGCUAUUUAAGAAAUUCCAAUGAUGAUUCAUUGGUUGUCGAUAUUUAAUUUAGGCCUUUAAAUGAUUAUUUUAGGCAUUACUGUAAUGUGGACAAAUAUGGAUAUCUGUAAACUUUGUAAUAUUUAUACAUAGCUAGCUACUGACUUAUCUGAUUACUACUGUUCUAAAACCUUUGUAAUUGCAUAAAAUACCUUACAAUAAACGGAAUUGCACAGCAUCACA